UGCGCUUCGUGGUAGUCUGUGUUUUGAUGUAGUUGGCAUAAACGUUCUGGGACAUUUAGCUUCGGGAACGUCGUGAAAAUGCGCUGUUUUUGAUUACCCGUUUCGUUUUCUCGUUGCCCGGGAGUACACCAAGGCCAUCAUACAUACAAAUGUGCGAGUUUGUUUUGGCUAACCUUGGAUGCAACUGUUUUUAGCCGCGGCCAGCUGGCAUGGCGUGAAUCCGGCGACCCCGCAGGAAACCAAUGUGGAGAAUGCGUCGAGCAAGCCAGGACGACAUUUGAACACGGUCCUUGAGUUAUUAUUAGCAAUGAGCGUAUCGCCGUCCACUUUGCCCGCUUUCUCCUUCAUUUCUUCAGGCCCGCACAGAUAGACCGCCGAAAACCGCAAAGCUCCCUCGGUUCCCACUGCGAGUCGGGCCGAGCCGACAUGGAUGCGGUUGUCCCAUUAACUCAGCCCGACUGUCCACAAUAGCUGCCGCCGACCGAGCCCGAAUCAAGCCCUGCUCAAACCACGCCGCGGCUGUCCGUGUUUUCUAUGACACGCUCGGUUUAUGCCCAGCUCGAUUCGGUGGAAUUGCUUUUGGACGAGCUCCCAUAUAUGUUUUAUUUGGGCCUGUUUUUUGUGAACGUCCUCAUACUCUACUAUGCUUUUCUGAUGGAGUACAUCGUCCUAAAUGUGGGGAUAGUGUUCCUGCCCGAGGACAUGGACCAGGCGCUGGUGGACCUCGGCGUGCUGUCCGACCCGGCCUCCGUACCUUACGACACGGACCAGGAGCUGGACGUGUUCGAGGGAUACCUGGAAUGACGCGGUGUGACCGAGGAAGCGAAGAUGGGGGGUGGGAGGCCUCCCAGUGGCUGCUAGUGGAGGCUGCCUCCUGCAGAGAUGUCUUAUUGAAAAAGUUGUCUCGGCUCAAAGGAAGGUAGCCUUUUGCAAAGAGACCCAGGACUCUUCGGGGGGGGACUCUACUGAGGUCCAGUCACCCGCGGCUGGGUUCCAGUAAAAACAAAAAGCUACUUCCUGUACGGAAGAGUGUGGUUCCGAUGACUUGCAUGGAGAUCCGGCAGCCUGGCAUGCACUCCCAAAAAUCUUUCCAGGCUUAUAUGGGAUCCGAUUGUUCUUUGAGCAGACGGUCUUCAAAAUGAAUCCAAUCAGCGGCCGUGUACAUUUCAGUGUCAUACUCUACGCCGCGAAACAUUUGAGAACUGUUCCGCUGUGGCACGGUUGGUAUAUAAUCACUCUAAAGCACGUCGGACCCCGCCGCCGCUGCUGCUGCUGGUUGACUGAGUCAGAAUGGGUUAUUUUGAGCUUCCUCUCACUGUAUUCCAGCAUCAUCAGGGACAGGCACUGUCUCAGGAGUAAAGAUGGCGCCUCUCGGUGUGCUGGCAGGUCUUGUUUUACUAGAAAGCUGCAAGACUGUAAAGCAAAAACGUUGCUUAUUUUGUGCUUUUUCACUGAAAAGCAGAAAGGAAUGAUUUUUAUUUUUUUUUCUUCUGUUUUGUAUUUUCACAGUUUGGUUCACGUGGAUUUUAUUUUGGCUCAAACGUGUUUUAAUAUUACGAAUAAAACCCCAUUCCAGGGACAUUUUUAUUCAUUUUAUUCAGGUGAUUUAGGCUGAUUGAACUUUGCAUGAUUUUUGUGUCACGAGUUGAUUGAACUGAACACGUUUUCCUCGUUCUUGCUUCGUUUAAACGAUCGUAAAGCUGAAACCCCUUUCACAAGGUGGAUGUCCUCGACAGCAAUAAUAAAGUAGAGUAACGCAGUGGUCGAUUGGACGGCGGUGAGAUGAUUUGCCUAAUUUAGUGAGAAAGAGAACACCCUGUUCUCAGGGCCGACUGUAAGACUGUUUGUUGGGAAUUGAUCUCUGAAUGUACCAUCCAUGCUGCAGAUGUGGAAGGAGUGAGCUAAAGCGUUUAGCUGAAUGCUCACUUGACAAUAAAAAGAAAACUGUUCUUAUUUUCUCCCAAUGAGGCUGACUUGCAGAAUGUCUUUUGCGUCGUCAACCCGACAUGCACCUGCAUGUUCCACUCUGAAGUUUGAAUCCAGAUCUCCUUUCUGCCAGCUUUCCUUCAGUCCGUCAGACUGCCCUGAUUUUAAUGUCAAUGACACUGCCUGGUCUGCUGGCACAGCAACCUAAACGUCUGGUGAGCGACCCAGGUCUCUCCAACUGAGCUGUAGAUGCAAGUAAUUCCACCCUAAUGCAAGACUGUUUUUUCUAAAGCUUUGUUAGACUCAAGCCGGCGUCGAUCGUUGAAGCCGGGUUCGAAAAGCAAUAUGUAAAUAUGAAUCUUUGAAUUUGUGCGUAACCCAGUGUUACCAUAUUUUUUUGUUUUUAUUAUUACUUUGUGACCAAAUUUAAAACAGCCUCUUGGUUUGAUCGCUCACAAUUAGAACUCAGGAAAUUGCUUUUAAGUAAUUAUUGUAAGCUAAGUUUGUACAAAAUUUGACCAGAUGGAAGCAAAUAUUCAAAUCAAAGUAAAACAACCAGCACCUGAUGGUGAACUCACAGGUACUGCCUGUGGGGAAAAAAUAAAUAAAUUAUAGCCAUUUUUGGGCAAUGGUAGAAAAUGUGAUUCAUUUAGUUUGAAUGUUUAAAAAUUGUACAAAGUACAAGAUCAGUUUGAAUCAAUGCCAACUUCACUGAAAUCUAGCUUUGAUUGUAAAAUCUCCUCGUUGCCGUUCGCAGCAUCGCUGUUUUGAAUCCGGUGACUACAUCAGACAUUCAAGUGACUCGCAGACACCGCCAGUGGAGUGUCAGGGGAAAAAAAAAGUUCUGUUUCAAAACACUCAUAGCCUGUAAUCAUCAGCAUUACAGCGCAGCAAUGUUCAUCUGACCCCGUAAACGAACAAGAACUUUAUAUAUGACUCAACUCCUAAAUAUGUGCUAUACCGUUGUCAUGUGGUUGGAUUCAGCCACGCUUCACUCUGAAAUAAAAAUGAUUUUCAAAUGA